UCUUCUCCCACGUCAGAUCAAUAAGCCAAUAGAUGGCCUAGCGAUCGUCUGAGCCACCGCAGAUAUACAUGCGGACCUCAUGUAGUAGGCAACAGUAUAUCUCAAUCAAGUAAAGUCUACAGGGUUCUCUAGAAAUGAAACAAUUCCAGCACCUAUCGGUCCAAUGAGGGAAGCUAGAACCGAGGUGCUCGAAUAUACACUGUAGCGUCUAUCCCAGACAGCCCGUGGUGGAUUCGCCAUGGCAUUAGCCCAUGUUUAGGUGACAUAGUACCGGAUCUACAUAGUAGACCUCAUACCGCACCGGCAACAAGGAAGGUACCAGCAGGGAGUAUAUUAGAGACAAAACAUUGUCUAAUGUUGUCCCUUCAUGUUCCAUCGGUUUGCUUUCCUUUCUUCGAUCUUCAGAUACUAACCUCGUGAGAAGGCCGGGUUGCUUAACAGUUGCACUUCGACAAAAUGCCAUCGACACCCCAGAACAUUGGCAUCAAGGCCAUCGAGAUCUACUUUCCCAGUCGUUAUGUGCCACAAUCAGAGCUCGAGACCUUUCUAGGGGCCAGUGCUGGCAAAUUCACCAUCGGACUCGGGCAGCAGAAGAUGAGCUUCUGUGAUGACCGGGAAGACAUCUACUCCCUAGCCCUCACUACUGUUUCCUCCCUGCUCCGAAAAUACUCAAUUGACCCGAAGACGAUCGGUCGCCUCGAAGUCGGAACAGAAACCCUCUUGGAUAAGUCCAAGUCCUGCAAGUCCGUCCUCAUGCAACUGUUUGGUGACAACGCCGAUAUCGAAGGCGUCGAUACAUGCAAUGCCUGCUAUGGGGGAACGAACGCACUGUUCAACUCCGUGAACUGGGUGGAAUCGUCCGCCUGGGAUGGGCGUAACGCCAUUGUCGUUGCGGGCGAUAUUGCCUUGUACGAUACGCCGGCAGCGCGCCCGACAGGUGGCGUCGGCUGUGUAGCCAUGCUCAUCGGCCCAAACGCACCCCUAGUGCUGGAGCCGCUCCGCGCGUCGUACAUGAAACAUGUAUACGACUUUUAUAAAGCCGAUCUCAAAUCCGAAUACCCUCUAGUAGAUGGGCACUUCUCGAAUACCUGUUAUCUUCAGGCGCUGGAUAAUUGCUAUCAACGCUAUCGCAGCAAGAAGCUGGCCAAAACAAGUGGCGAGUUGAACGGCGUGACACCCAGCAGCAAGGGUAGCUUUCUAGAUACCUUUGACUACAUGGUACUCCAUGCCCCCAACUGCAAGUUGGUAGCCAAGGGCUAUGGGCGCCUGUUAUUCAACGACUUCCGACUAGAGCCAGAUCGUUUCGAUCAUGUCCCGUCCGAGAUUCGGGAUGUCGAGUAUACCGCAUCUUUGACAAAUAAGAGCAUUGAGAAGCUCUGUAUGGGUCUAACGAAGGAUCAGUUCUCAGAGCGUGUUCAACCGUCCCUUACAGCCCCAGCCCACUGUGGUAAUAUGUAUACAGCUAGCAUAUAUUCAGGGCUAGUAAGUCUAUUGAGUAACGUCCCGAGUGAGAAACUGCAGAACAAGCGUAUCGGUAUGUUCAGCUAUGGUGGCGGCCUUGCCAGUACCAUGUUCAGCUUGCAGAUCAAAGGCGACAUUACGGAAAUGGCGCAAAAGAUCCGGUUGCAGGAUCGUUUGGAUGCUCGCACAUCGGUAUCCCCUGGAUUUUAUGAUCAGAUGUGUCAACUCCGCGAAAAGGCUUACCAACAGAAGGACUACACCCCUAAGGGGAGUGUUGACAGCCUCGCCCCUGGCACAUACUAUCUGGUCCACGUCGAUGAUAUAUUCCGACGGAAGUAUGAGUUGAAACCUUAUGCGUGAUUCGGUCGAAAGUCUCGAUUAGUGUAUAGUAUGUGCAUGCAACGUCUUCGUUCUUAAGCAAGGAAUGAUAUCAGGGGUGCAAGUUUCCUGUUGGUCCAGAGUUAUAACCUCAAGAUAAUACAUCGUAUGAAAUGCAUCUAGAUUUUUCAGACCUUCCUUGCCUUAAGCAAGGGAGAAU